CUUGAAGAUGCUAGUUGUCCUCCAUCAGUAGAUUUUUAGCCAACCGGUUGUAUGGCCAGACAUCGAACAACACAGUGGACCAAGGCUACGCCAAAAAACCUGGUUUGAGACAUCGCAUGUGUGUGAUUGAUUCAACAUUGAUGCCAAACUGAACUCAGCAAUACGAGAUGGCUGUUACAAAGAGGAUUUGCUCCGGGUCACCCAGGCAGGAGCAUGUGGACAUCCUGUUGUAGCUGGUCCUGUUUAGAACCCACCGCCACAGUGGAAGAAAACGGCAGCUCAUGGCGCCAGGCCUACACAAACUCGGGCAACAGCCAAUCCCCGAUCUCUCCCGAACAUUUGUGCAAGGCCUGCGGAGGCCAUUUUGACACCAUUGCUAUAAAGCAUGUCUGUGUGGACUGCAAGAAGAACUUCUGUGGCCGCUGCUCGGUGCAGCUGGAGCCGCCACGCCCGCGCCUCUGCCACACAUGUCAGCGAUUUCACGGAACCCUCUUCGACCGCGCCCAGUUGAUGAGACUCAAGGUGCGGGAGCUGCGUGACUACCUCCACCUACACGAGGUGCCCACCCAGACGUGCCGGGAAAAGGAGGAGCUGGUUGAGCUGGUCCUGGGCCAGCAGACCCCCAGCACCAGCAGAAGCAGUGAGACCGUGUCCUCCCAGCCUGGGGCUCACAACAAUGUCCCCUCCCCAGACACACCGUCCCCUCCCCAGACACAAGGCCCUACCAGCCCCGACACAUUGAGCCCAGAGCAGCCAGAGCAAUCAGCCCCUGAGGCAGAGUCAGAGCAGAUCUCUGACGAGGAAGAAGAGGAGGAGGAGGAGGAUGAUGAGGAUGAAGAGUCAUCGGACAGCGAGGAGAUCCUGAUGCCCGGCCGCAGAGCCUCUCUGUCUGACCUGAACCGCGUGGAGGAUAUCGAGGGCCUGAGCGUGCGCCAGCUCAAGGAGAUCUUGGCCCGCAACUUUGUCAACUACAAAGGCUGCUGCGAGAAGUGGGAGCUGAUGGAGAGGGUCACCCGCCUCUACAAUGACCAGAAGGACCUCCAGAACCUAGUUUCAAAUACAAAAAAUGAAGAAGACCCUGCAGCUCCCAAGAGCCAGGAGGAGAACCUCUGUCGGAUCUGCAUGGACUCUCCCAUUGACUGUGUGCUGCUGGAGUGUGGCCACAUGGUCACCUGCAGCAAGUGCGGCAAGCGCAUGAGCGAGUGCCCCAUCUGCAGACAGUACGUGGUACGGGCGGUGCACGUCUUCAGGUCCUGAUGCAUGGCCACAAUGAGGGACACGGUGGAUACCAAGGACAAAACGGCAUUGCUGCCACCACUGCUCAGAGAUGGCAUACACUCCUCUGUAAUGCACACUCUCACUCAUUCAAUCAGUCUUCCUCUUGCUGCCAUUCCAGAGAAAUAACCUGUCUCCACUUUUCUGGGUUCUCUGUUUUUCUACUCCACCUGAACCUAUUGUUUCUACACUUUCAGCAUUUUACAAGAACUCAAUAUUUCAGUACUAUAACUUUGUUGUUCAAAGAGUUAGGUAUCAUGUAUUCACAUUGGUGCCAGUCAGACACCAAACUAUAUUGGCACUUUGCAUGGGAGGGCAGCAGUACCUUUUCAAAUUCUGAGGUUAUUGGGUAGAGAUCAUGUUUCUUUCAACCCCACACACAGGCAAGGUUAUAUUGCAUUUUUCUGUCUUUGCAUUUGUGUGUACGGGGAAACAACUGAGUUCCAUAGCUGAGAAACAGAGGGCAUCGAAUAACAAGCAAUGAAUAUAAAAAAGUAUUUGUUCUAGCAAUGAAUGAAAUGCUGAAUCCUGGUAAGAGAGGGAACAUGUUAGGCUACUCUGUCAUGCAUAUCAAUAGCAAAACAGACAGAGUGGCCAGAAUGGUGCUAUUUGACUAGUGAUUAACAACACUUGUAACAAAACAGAAUGGCGAAAAUGGUGCUAUUUGACCAAUGGUAAGCAACACUCAGGGCCCCAUUUUGACAGUGCAAGUAAGCGGUGUUAGUGUCGAGACCAAAAUAUCGAAAACCUCAAAACCGCUUAUUUCAAACCUUAUCGCCCCAAGCAAGGCUUGGAUAUGACCGUGCUAAUAUUUGAUGCAGGCAAUGCAGUAGUUGUGAAAUUGGUGCAUUAAGUGCUGCACGGAAUACUUGAAGUGGUAAGGUCUGUUUUGCGCCCUCCAAUUGUCACACUGAGUUCAGUACCUGCAAAGCAGCUGUUGUGUUAAUUGGUUUUGUGGUCCAGAGAGCUAUCUUUAGGUUGCAGUGCACUUGCUAAGCAUAGAACCCAGGCCUUAUCUGUCUUAUUGGUGAUCCUUCAGACACAGAACUGUGUGAUGGUUGAACAUAACAUCUUAGGAGUGGAAACAGCCCUUUAACCACAAGUGUCUGCUUGUAGCUCACUGAAAGUACUUGAGGGUCAAGGAGGGGAUUAUGCCUGGUUUCAUUCGCCCUUUUAUGGUCAAACUACCCUUUUAACUUGCAGAUAUUGUAUCAAAACUGGAACAGAACACGCAUUGACUUGACAGUAAUGGUUAAUAGUUCUUUAAAUUAGCCACAAAGGGGAUCUUUUCUGAAAUGUAAACCCUACACACAGUAGAUAUGCAGUUUCUUUUUUUAUUCUCUGGGUGUCAUAAAUUGUUUGCUGUUUGAAGUUGGUUCCAUGACCUUACCCCAAAUUAGCUUUGGGGUAAAGAGAACUGACCUCGUUUAGCAGAAUGUCUCCAUUCCAAGGCUCUCACCACCUCUCUCUUAUCAGCAAGUGCCCCAGAACAGAGUGCUCAUUAACUUAGCUGACGUAGUGCACUGAAUACACUCAUUUCCUAAUGACGAGUUGAUUAAAUGUGGUAUCUACUAUUUAUUUGUUUUAAAUCACAGUUUUCUGCAAAUGUACUUUGUUCGUGGGGGUGUUUUAAAAGCUAGAAUUCAUAAUUGAAACAAUAACAAAGGGCCACCCCGCCUCUGUGUCAGUAUAAAGCUGAGGGAUGGGCCUGGAGAAAUGUAACCACUCUCAGAUUCAUAGACAGAGCUAAGGACUGACCAUCCAUGAUAUCAAAGUUAUAGUUUUAACCAUGUUUUGAGGCUAUACAGUGUUUGUUUAGAUUUACAUUGUUUAUACACAUUGAAGUAAAACAAGCUUAUAUUUGGAAUUCUCAUGGGGUAUGACAAGUUAAAUUUACCUCAUGAGGUAUUUCUAAGUUAUAUUCUUCAAAUCAAUGGGUAUAUAUCAUUCAUUAAAUGGAUGUAGCAACUAAGGAUUCUAGCUUUAAGGAGGAUCUUGGUUAAUUCUAUUCCAACUCUAGGCAAUUCAGUAAAUGGAUUGAGAUUGAAUUUAUAUGAAAUUAGAGGCAAUUUUAUUACAAUGCAUUUCUCAAAUUGCCUGGAAUUGAAAUGGUUUGGCAGCCCUCUGCAACUUUUUAUGGAACAUGUUGUAAAAUUAUAGAGAAACAUAAUGGUUUGCAUUUAAAUGGUCUUUCUACUGUACAUUUUGUUUUAUAGCUAAUGAAUGUACCAUAAAACUGAUCAUGAGGAAAAUGCACUUAUACUAAUUAAUGUGUCUGUUUUAGGGAAUGCAUAUCCGCUGGGAUAGACUCUGUUUAUCCCAGAUACUUGGUCUGCCUGAACUGAAUGUAACUGGGUUAAGUUGUUUACAAUAACAAAACCAUUUCUUACUGUGACUGCCAAAUUGCCAGUAUCGCAAAUAGAUUUUACACUAGUCCGUUUGAUAUGUCUUUUGUCAAUAACUAUGCUAAUAUCAUGCAAGAACAAUAUGAAUCAUCUCAUGUAGUUUGUAGAGAGCAGGUGAAAUAAGAUAUGUCAGUGUCGUGAGACUAGAUCUGGAUCUUUUCACAAACAUAUCGUCAGCCAUCUUGUUUUUAUCCUGGACAUCAGUUUAUACAAGCCAGGCCGUCAGUCAAGUCACUUCUCUCUGAGGAGUGUUUUCUGUGCAUGUGAAAACCUGUGCAUACAUUUUAGCUAAACCCAACCCAAGAUCUAAACAUUCCAAACAGUAGAAUUUACCUUAACAGAACACUCUUCAACAAAGAAAGCUAAUAUUUUCCACAUAUACUGUAGCCCAUGUACAUGUGUAGGUAGUAAUGCUCCUUGAGUACCUGAUUUAAAGGCAGGGUCUGAUAGAGGUCCAGUUCAGAUGUGUUUGAUCUCUAUCAAAUCAUUUCUGGGUAACAAUUAAGUACCUGACUGAUUGUUUUCAUUUAAAAUUGUUUAAAAGAAAUAAAAAAAAUUGCUUCUUAGCAAAGAGCAAUUUCUCAAGCAAGAAUUUUGCUAGGACUCUGGGAGAGGUUUGAGUGGGGAGGGGAAAACUGAAAAUGUGUUUUUAUUGGUAGAGGUUUGGAACUUAACUAAUUUACCCCAUGGUGAUGUCACCAGGAAGGCCAAAACUCCCACCAAAACAGGCUAAAAUUUCAGCCGGUCUUUUCAGACAGCUCUUACACUAAAAGGGCAUUAUCAUAAUUUUCACAAUAUUAUUCCAACCUCAUUGUGGAAAUGUAUAUAUAAAACAAAGGAAGAUCAUGUUUUUGACUGCACUGGGCCUUUAACAGUAUAUCAAAUGUGUAGCAGACUACUAAUUAGAGUAUUUAAAGAAAUGUCUUCUAAAUAAUGCCUUCUUCCUGAUGGUAUUUCAAUGGCCUCAAAAGGCAUAAGAUAAAACCUUAAUGUCAUGCUUGUGUGGGAUGUAGGUGUCCCUAGUCUGCCACGUGAGUCCUGUAGUUCUUAUCACUGUCUGAGGACCUAGAUAUUGAUAUCAAUUUGUUAUUGGUGACUUUAAAAUGGAGGUGUUUUGGUAUUUGGAAGACUAAUCAAUCUACUAUUGUGAAAUGUUGGACGUGUCAGACAAUCUAUCGUGUCUUUGAUUCUUUAACAGUGAGUUAUAUUUUUGGCAAAUGCCUUGCUAUGGAGAGUUGUGCUAAAAGCGUUUAACAACACCUCCACCAGUUAUUAGAUUAGAACAGGGAAAUUAGUCUGCACUAUCCCACCCCAGGGGGAAAAAGGUUCAUUAUUAGCAUAUGAAGUUCAACUUUAAUGGAAAGAUUUGCAUGCAUUUUUUUGGGGGGGGGGGACUGCUCUGACAAAAGGUAGUUUGAAAACACUUGGAAUGACUCAUAACUUUAUGUGUGGAGAAUUAUUUGUGUUUCGUAUACUCUGAUUUAACUUUGUUCAACAACUGUGAAAUUGUAUAUAAUAAUCCCAUGCGACAGUAUCAUUUUAAAUAUUAUUGAGCGUGUUGUACAUUUGUCAAAUUACUAGCAUGGACUAUUGCCUUUGUUGUAGUUUAAAUAUGUAUUCAGCAGUAUUGGCUAAAUGAGCUAAAUGCUGGAUCAGUUCCGAACUACAAUGGAAGCUAAUAGGAUUUAUAAAUCAGAAAAACCUAUAUUUUUGAAAAUGUAUUAAACAUAUUGAUGUUCUUGUGCAUAUAUUUUGUUGGACAUUUUUUAUAUUGAUAAAAAUAUAAUAAAGUACCCCAACAGACUUAAACUCCA